CUCCGCCCCCUCCGCCCCCUCCGCCCCUCCCGGAACUUUUGCCCCUCUCUCCCCCUCCUUUUUGCCUCCCUCCCCGCCGCGCCGCCAGCCAUGUCCGAGGGUGAGAUCCACAUCAAGGCCGAGCCGGAGCAUGGCGACGUCGUGCUGGAGUCCUCGCCCGAUGUCGCCAGCCCGGCUGCUGCCCCGGCAGCCGGCCCGACCCCGAUCGAGUCGCCAACCGCCGUCAAGAUGGACGUCGACCAGCCGAGCACCCCCUUCCAGGUGAACCCGGCACUGGAAACGCGCGUGGAGCUGGAUGAGGAUUUCAUUGAGGACCCGGACGAUCCGGUCGUUCAGACGGUCAAUGUCUUCCUCGGGGGCCCGAAGCUCCGACAGCACAUCCACGUCCUGCAGUUCCCGCUGAAGCACCACUCGCUGUCCUACUUCACGGAGGACAUCACGCAUGCCCGCUUCAAGCCGAAGUCGCAAUUCUUGGAGCUCGAGGUCCCGGUGGACACUGGGUCUCCUUUUUACGACACUUUGAAGGGCGAGCAGUUUGGCAAGCACGCGACAUCCAUCCGCCCGACGCCGAAUGCCGGGAGUCCGCCCAUGCUGAGCGUGACUCCUGGGAUGGUGGCUCCGGGGGCCGGUGGGACUGGGCUGCUGUCGAGCCAGGUGUACUCGUCGCAGGCGAUCCCCGGCAAGUCGCAUUAUACCAUCGGCGUUUUGAAGGACAACGGCGACCUGCACCUUGUGCCGGUUGACUGCAACUUCCAGAUGCGCCCGAGCCUGCAGUACCUGGACGAGGCGGACAAGCAGGCGAAGAUGGAAGCCGCCGCCGCGGCGGCCGACUCCGACGAGGAUCUCUCUGACUCGGAGGACAAGCCGAAGGAAGUGCAAGUGACCAUCAAGCGCCGGGAAAGUGAGCGCGCGACCGCCGCCCGGAAGAAGUCGCACGCAUACCUCCAGAAGCAGGUCGAUGAUGAGGACUGGGUUGACUUGAAGUUCUACAACUCCUCUAGCCCCCAAACCAACCGCCUCUUCCAGCUGAUGUAUGCCGAGCAGUCGGCCCCUGUGCUGAAGGAAGAGCAAACGGAGUCCUACCUGUCGAGUGUGGUCAAGCUGCCCGCCCUGACGCCGAUCAGGAAACGUGUCCUGGGGAUCUUGAAGAACGCUCAAAUUGUGCAUUUCCUCGAGCUGAAGGCCAUGUUCCCGGAUGGAAACGACAUCGAGGCUGUCCUGCGCGCUGCUCUCGGGGACAUCGCCAUCCAGUUUGGUGACCUGUGGAUCGUCAAGAGUGAAAUCACCCACCGCGGGCGCACCAUCCAGUGGCGAAACCAGCUGCUGAAGCUGUUCCAGAACACCAACUCCAUCCCCUACGGCCGAUUCAUCCAGGAGACCCUGGUUGGCCGCACCACGGCCAACGAGCUCCUCUCGCAGAUCGCCGUGCCCGACCAGAAACGCGAUCUCUGGCAUCUGAAGCGCAGCCCCGAGGCACUCGCCCUGCUGGGGGAUGCCCUGUGCAUCUGAACGGGUGCGCGUGCGCGCGCGCGCGCGC